AUGGAACAGCCAACAACGUUGUUGAAACACUUCAGCCAUGAACAUCCACUAGAAUAUGUUGAGUCGAGUUUUGAUGGAGAUCGCGUAUGCUCAGCUUGCAAACUUUCUAUAAUGCCAAGAAAUUUCUUCUAUGAGUGUAAGCUCUGCAGAUUCUCCCUUCACAAGGUCUGCUACAGCAUGCCUAAAAAGGUCAUGCACCCUGCUGAUCCGAAUCACUGCCUCAAGCUCUUGACCUCGUCUACUGUCGCAGAAAAAUCAGACGAAUGUGAGGCGUGUGGGAGGCACAUUGCUGGAUUCCACUACAGCUGCACCAAAUGCUCCCUUUACUACCACAUGCUGUGUGUGGCAUUGCCCCUCUCACUCAAAAUGGAGUCGUCCCACCCUCACGUGCUCAAGCUAGAGCUCAAGCCUCUCUAUGAUUUCGAGUGUGAUGUGUGUGACAGGCCUAGCUACAAUGGAUGGGACUCAGCCGCUAUUGAAGGAUGA